UUGUGUGUUUAGUAAUUAGUAUGUAAUCUGUGGUGCUAAAAAACCGCCUUUUUCAUUUACGUUUUCUAAAAACCUAAAAAACUUAAAUUGAAAUUAAAACUAUAACGAAAACGACGUUAUGUUUUGUUUACCACAAUGAAAAAGUAAAUAUCGUCAUUACUCAAUUAAAAUUAUCCUGAAACCACUACUUAGUAUCAUAGUAGCUAGGCUGGUAUUGUGGAAUUCAGAAUGUUGGGGAGUUCACUGAAAUUCAAUUUAAUUCUCCUAAAGGCUGUAAGCGUCUACUACUUCAUAUCACUACAGAUCUUUGAUGUUAUAUAUAAAGCUCAACCAGUUGUUAUUGAUGAACUCUUUCAUAUACCACAAGGAAUUGCGUUUUGCCAAUGGAAUUUCUCACAUUGGGACCAAAAAAUCACAACAUUGCCAGGUCUAUAUCUAGCAACUUCUGUUUACCCACUAUUAGACAUAAAAUGUACUGCAUAUAAUUUAAAAUGGAUUAAUUUGAUAGCAUCUGGUCUAAAUUUAAUAAUAUUUGCAUUUUUGCUCAAAUUUAUUUAUGGUAGCAAUACAGGUAGUCAAAUCAAAGUUAUUGUACAGGCUGUCAGCUUAGCUAUACUGCCGCCAUUGUAUUUCUUUUCAUUUGUUUAUUAUACUGAUACUUUAUCUUUGCUUGUUUUGUUAAUUUUUACAACAAUGUCUGUGGUAUUUAAGAGUUAUUGGUUGGUAUUUGUGUAUGGUGCCCUAUCAGUGAUCAUGAGACAGACUAAUGUGGUAUGGGUUGCCAUGGUAUUCGGGCAUAAAAUUCUGGAUUUGCUCAUUCGUACCUCAAGAGUGUUUGGUAAUCAGUAUUUAAAUAAACAUGCAAUAAGACAUAGUAUUAUAGCUCAUAACAUAGAUUCAUCUAGAUUAAAGAAAUAUUAUGAUUUGAAAGAUGUAUUAAUUGCUUUAGGAUAUCAUUUAACAACAUGUUGCGCAAGUCUGUUUAAGUUCCUAACAGUAUCUGAUUUUAUUAUAUUGUUCCAACAGCUGUCAGUAUUGCUUGGUUUUGUAGGGUUUGUUUAUAUGAAUGGUUCUAUUGUUGUUGGUGAUAAAACUGCGCAUCAAGCAACAUUACACUUACCACAAUUGUUAUACUUUUUGCUGUUCUAUGGUGUUUUUGGGUUGCCAUAUGUGCUUGGCAGGUUCACAUCAACCGUUAAAUUAAUUUUUAAAAAUAAGUUUAAAGUUGUCUUGCUAGCCAUUAUAAUUACAAUAGUAGUACAUUAUAAUACACUUGUACAUCCAUACUUGUUGGCGGACAACCGUCACUACACAUUUUACAUAUGGAAUCGUUGGUUUGGUAGAUAUGAUUAUGCAAAGUAUGUGACGAUACCAGCCUAUAUUUUCUUACUAUUUAGUUUAUAUGAUAAUUUGAAAGACCAAAAUUGUAUUUCAUUCUUAUUACCGUAUACAGUUUGUUUGUUUUUGAUGCUGGCAUUACAGAAAUUAGUUGAUGUUAGAUACUUUUUGGUUCCCUACAUAAUCAUACGCUUGAGAUUUGUGAAGUCCUCAUAUAAAAUAGUUAUUUUUGAAUUCCUUUGGUAUUUGGCAAUUAAUAUUGCAGCAUUUUAUAUAUUUUUCAACAAAGAAAUCAUGUGGACUAAUUUUAAAGAGCCACAAAGGAUAGUUUGGUAGAUUUUCAGACAUCAACAAUAUAAGCUAAUUUUAUUUAAUAUUUACUAUUAAUAUAUGUAUCAUGGCAUGGAUUUCUAGAGGGGUUGCAUAGACAACAGAAGCAUACCAGGUGAUUAUAAAUCAUACCUUUAUAUAUUAUAGUACAAAAUGCUUUUCCAACCCUAUUUAUCUAUCUGAUGUAUACAGGCAAUAUAUCCAGGCUUAUGAGAUUUUUUUUAGUAAGAUUUGAAGCCGCUCCAGGAUGUCUAUGAUCUGUCAUUUGUUUAGUUUUAUUCGAGCUGUAUAUGUUUAGUUUAUUAAUGUCUAGUCGUAGGUAACAUGCAUUUUCUGUAUAAUUUUAAUAAUGAUUAUGAUUUUUAUUGAUUAAAUAAAUGGUAAUAAUUAUGUUUUCUUUCGUG